AUGGCUUCCCCAUCAACAGAGGUCAAAGAAACCUUAGAUAGAGCAGAAAGGUUACAAGCCUUUCUCGCAUCUCUGAAUAGCAUCGACAAGACCCGCCGCAAAGACGACCUUCUUAGAGACAUGGCUGGUUAUGAAGCCAACCUGCUGCAGUUUCUCAAACUUCUCCAAGCUACGUAUAAGAGGAAGGGGGCGGCGAAGGCCUUCUGUGGCAUCCUCUGCAAACUUCUGGCAAGUUGGGCGAGAGCCGAGAUGCGGCAUGACUUGGACGAAGAAGAGCUGACUGCCGCAAUGUUCGUUGGCUGGAGGAAAAUGGGAUACUAUCCGAUUGUCCCAGAAGCUCUCAUCAAUGCCCUGGAGCCUGGGUUUAGGAUCACAUUUCUCACGGCUGCAAAUGUUCUCUUUGGAAGAUUACAAACUUUUCUCCAUCUCGCCGACAGCACCCGCCCCGCAGCGACCAGCAGUGGCCUGAAGCUCACCAAAGUCCUUACUGCCAUGCUGGCCGUCCAGGUGUACCUGCACAACAAAGACACCUCAGAGCCCCUGUGCGCCGAGCUUCGGGACGUCGAAAUUGUGGACGACCUGUCCCGCUUCAACCUGCCUGAGGGGUGGGAAGACACCCUGACACACGCUGCAAAUGACGAGCACGCAGGCAAGGUUUCUGCGGGUAUCGACCGCAUGGCCGCGGGAGCGGGGGCGAAGAGGAAACGGCAUUCCGUCAGCGGACCGAGCGGAACCGGAAAGCCGGUCUACCGAUGCGAACGGUGCGACCGGGGUUUGGCCAGCGCGAACAGUCUCGAAGCCCACCGUCGCUGGCACUGCCACGGGACCAAGCCUCAGAAGGAGGCUCGCACGUCCGUUGUUCCGUCCGGUGACUCCGGCAGCGGACAAGCGGAGAGCGAACGGAAGACAAACACGGACGUCUUCAGCCGCCAAGAAGCAAACAAUGAAGAGGCGGACCAAGAUCCACCAUCAGAUCCCCUGGAGAACGGAUCGGGUUCCGGCGGAAGAGCGGAAAACGGACCAAAUUCCGGCGGAAGACCGAAGAGCCAAGGAGAUGAUUCCGGGGCCGACGCGACAGUCAGAUUCUUAGCCAGCGCGUACCGCGGGAAGAUGGAUAAGCAGCUCAAGGCAGCGGCGCGCAUGUUAGCGAAAGAGACUCAUUGA